AUGUCUCAGCAUCGGCGAGCAAGGGCGGCAAUAAAAGCUGUUGAAAAAAUGCCGGACCUUAAAAUAAUCAGGAAAAAGGUAUUCCCAGACAACCGCGGUUACUUCGUGGAAACCUAUAACGAAACUGAGUGGUCUGAGGAACUUGACUUCAAAGAAGUCUUCAAACAAGACAAUCACUCAUUUUCGAUUCAAGGCGUUGUAAGAGGACUCCACGCUCAGCCAGGUAUGGGAAAACUUGUAUCGGUGAUUUCUGGCGAGAUUUUCGACGUAGCCGUAGAUAUUCGACCGGGUAGUGCAACGUAUGGGCAAUGGCAUGGUGUCACUCUGAGUGAGGUGAAUGGCGACUCCUUAUGGAUACCCAAUGGUUUUGCUCAUGGAUUCCAGUGCCUAUCGAAAGAAGGAGCACAUGUUGCCUAUAAAUGUACAACCACUUAUGAUCCAAGAACGGAAUUUGGAAUUGACCCUCUUGACAAAGACAUCGCUGUCAAAUGGCCGAUGAUUGAUGGAAUGAUUCUGAGCGAGAGAGACAAAAGUCACAAAAGUUUCGCUGAACACAGUUCAAGCCACAUAUCUCUCUGA